AUGGAAAACUUCACAAUGCUGAGCCCGCCCCCCUAUGUUCCUGCCGGAGGGGUCGGGACAAAUGGAACUAUUCCAGUCUACAAUGUCAAAAGUGACUUUGACUAUGAAUCCCUUGCACUUGCAUUGUAUCAGGAAUGGAUUGAGCUUGAUCUUUUCCAGGACGGACUACAACGUUUCUCGGUAGAAGAUUUCAAAUCUGCCGGUCUAACCUCUACAGAUCGAGAUCUAAUUGCCUUCAUGGCGCAGCAAGAGGUUGGACACGCAACAAUGCUGAGCAAUAUUCUCGGUGCCCAGGCCCCACAGCAAUGCACCUACCAUUAUCCCUACCGCAACGUUACAGAAUUUCUCGAUCUCUGUCAGGAAAUCACUCGCUUUGGCGAAGCUGGAGUUUACGGUUUUUUGGCUCAUCUGGAUUCUCGAGAGGCGGCCACACUGCUGACCCAGUCGAUCACAACCGAAGCACGACAACAAUUGAUCUUCCGCCAGUUCCUAGGGCUCUUCCCCAUGCCCGAGUGGUUUGAGACUGGCAUUCCCCAAUCCUGGGCAUGGUCACUUCUGGCACCUUUUAUCAGCUCGUGCCCAUUUAACCAGACCCGUCUGGUCUGGCAAAACUUCCCAGAGCUCAGGAUAAUCAACCAACCCGCCAUCUUGAAUGGAAGCUCAAACAACUGGAACAGUACGGCCAGCGCAAUGUCGAGCCGCUAUUGGUAUCGCCGUAACUGGAAAUGCAGAUAUGCACCAGAGAACUAUCCAGCUCUCUCUUUCCCUGGUCGUCAAGUUGUAUUACAAUGGGACAGCCCGGGCUCGGAAAUUGGCCCCAACAACAGCUAUAUCACGACAUCACAGGCAACCAGACCCAAGUUUGUUGUCUGGGUUUCUCAACUCAAUGUGACCUACACGCCGCUGCGUAUUGGCCAUGGACAUCGCGGUUACACUCACCAACCCAAUCUGGAAACCUACCAAGGUGACCCCGCGAUCAAUGGUACUAUGUUCAUUGCCAUUACCGACCACGAUCCAUAUUUGACGCCAUUCAAUCUGAGCCUGAUCAAUCCUCACGUCGUUGCUGGGCCUGCUAUCUAUCAAGCAGGCUAG